GUGAGUGAAGACGGAGAAGCAUUGGCUCUGACAGACUACGUGGAGGAUUUAGCUGGUGAAGCAGACGUCGUCAAGCUCCGAGGUGCGGUCAAGGCGAUGUAUAACGACGGCCAGCUCGAAGACGUUGACAGUGCUCAGCUGAAGGUCUACGAGAAUCGAGCAGUCUAUGAAGACAAAACGAGGCGGAAGCUCCUUCGAUCAUCGAGAUUAGUGGCUGGGCUUGGAGAGGACGAGGCCCAAGCGAUGAUCGUGGAAGUA